UGCGUCCGUUUCCAGAGCAGCCAAAACGAUUUCAACGAACGAACCCAACGGAGCGGCCCCAACGCAACCAUAACUAUUUUUUUUUUUUCUCGUGUAAUAAACAAUUAAAAGUCCGUCAACAUGGGCAUUGGCUAUGGCGCCGCCGACGAGCAGCUGGAGAAACAGAUCGGCUGUGUGAAGUAUACGCUGUUCUGCUUCAAUAUCGUGGCCUGGAUGAUAUCAACGGCGCUGUUCGCCCUAACCGUGUGGCUGCGUGCCGAGCCGGGCUUCAAUGACUGGUUGCGCAUAUUGGAGGCGCAGUCGUUUUAUAUUGGCGUCUAUGUGCUAAUUGCCAUCAGCAUCAUUAUGAUGGCAAUUAGCUUCUUGGGCUGCCUCAGCGCACUCAUGGAGAAUACGCUGGCGCUGUUUGUGUUCAUUGGCACCCAGAUACUUGGAUUUAUUGCAACGGUUGCCGGCUCUGCAAUUCUGAUGCAGUAUAGCACAAAUGAUUCGAGCUUGCAGCCGCUUUUGAAUGUAUCGCUGCGGAGAUUUGUAUCAACAUCGGAGUACACGUACUCUAACUAUGUGCUGACUAUGAUCCAGGAGAAUAUUGGGUGCUGCGGUGCCAGCGGUCCAUGGGAUUAUUUGGAUUUGCGCCAACCGUUGCCCAGCUCCUGUCGCGACACCGUCAGUGGCAAUGCCUUCUUCAGUGGCUGCGUGGACGAGCUGACCUGGUUCUUCGAAGGCAAGACCUCCUGGAUUGUGGCACUGGCCAUGGUAAUGGCCAUGCUAUCGGUUAUCUGCGGUGUCAUGAGCUUCAUUCUCGUCCAGGCCGUCAAGAAGGAGGAGGAGCAGGCCAGCAACUACAGACGCUAGGCACCAAGCAAACCAUCUAGUUAGCUAAGUUAAAAGACGCACCUAGACACACCUAGGCGAGCGCACAGUGCAAAGAGUAAUAUACAUGCUUAAUAGACAAUAAGUUUUUCAAUUCGAACAAUAAGUACAUAAACACGUUCAUAAACCAACAAAAUAAAUCCAUCUUUGGCCCACUAAA